GGUAGCUCAUUGGCCCAACGUCACAUCACCGUCUUCUUGUUUAUAGCUAGUUCUCCAGAAACCGUGUUAAAUCGGAGCUGAUAUCAGUGGCAGCCGUUUGUGAGUGUCUGUGAACAUGCGUGUCGCGGGGAGAAGGUUGCGCGCGACGCCUACCCUCUCUGUUGUUUACAUAGACUGAUUUCCGCUGUUUAGCAUCACUCGUCACUACCGACCAGCAGCGAUGUACAAGGAGGGAGACGAGGUGCCGGACGACUGCGGCUCCCGGGAGGAGUGGACGCUGCUCUUCUGGACUUCUCUGGCUGUCAUCGUCCCGGUCAUCAUCACGCUGUGGUGCAGCGCGCAACGCUCCAAGCGGAAAACGCACAUGAAGGAUUUCUUCCGUAAGAGCAAGCACGGCUGGCACUACACAGACCUGUUCAACAAGCCCACCUACUGCUGCAUCUGCUCGCAGCACAUCCUGCAGGGGGCUUUCUGCGACUGCUGCGGGGUAUGCGCAGACGAGCAGUGCCUGCGCCGGGCCGACCGCAUCCUGCUGUGCAAGGAGAUCAUGGCCCCCUGCGGCCCCGGCGGAGCCAUGGAGCACCGCUGGGUGCGAGGAAACGUCCCCCUCGCCAGCUACUGUGCGGUGUGCAAACAGCAGUGUGGCACCCAGCCGAAGCUCUGCGACUUCAGGUGUGUGUGGUGUCAGAACACAGUGCACGAUGACUGCAUUGAAAACCUCCCGGACUCAGACCAGUGUGAGCUGGGAGAGUUCCACAGCCUCAUCAUCCCUCCUCACUACCUGUACCAAGUCAACAAGCUCCGCCGCAGACAGCCUGAGGAGUACAGCAAGCUGGCAUCUUCCUGUGGCAGUGGCUGGACUCCAGUGUUGGUCUUGGCUAACACACGCAGCGGUAACAACAUGGGGGAGGCUCUGCUGGGAGAAUUUCGCUCUGUUCUGAAUCCUGUGCAGGUGUUCGACCUGUCUGAGCUGACCCCCUCCAAAGCCCUGCAGCUGUGCACCCUGCUGCCCCCCGGCAGCGUCCGGGUGCUGGUGUGUGGGGGGGAUGGCACGGUGGGCUGGGUGCUGGAUGCCAUUGAUACCAUGAAGCUGAAGGGUCAAGACCAGUUUAUGCCACGGGUGACCAUCCUUCCUCUGGGGACAGGAAAUGACCUCUCCAACACUCUAGGGUGGGGUGCGGGGUAUGCCGGAGAGAUCCCCGUGGAACAGGUUCUCCGGAACAUCCUUGAUGCCGAGGUGGUCAAAAUGGACAGGUGGAAAGUGCAGGUGGCUUCAAAAGGCCUGUACUUUCGGAAGCCAAAGGUUCUGUCCAUGAACAACUACUUCUCAGUGGGGCCCGACGCUUUGAUGGCGCUCAACUUCCACACACACCGCGAGAAAACUCCUUCCUUCUUCUCCAGCCGCAUCGUCAACAAGACUGUAUAUUUCCUGUAUGGCACCAAAGAUUGUUUAGUGCAGGAAUGUAAGGAUCUGGAUAAGAGGAUUGAGUUGGAGCUGGAUGGGGAGAGGGUGGCGCUGCCCAGUCUGGAAGGCAUCAUAGUUUGCAACAUUGGUUACUGGGGCGGAGGCUGCAGACUCUGGGAGGGAAUGGGGGAUGAACCCUGCCCCCCCACACGCCUGGACGAUGGUCUUCUGGAGGUGGUGGGUGUGUUUGGCUCGUUCCACUGUGCUCAGAUCCAGGUCAAGCUGGCCAAUCCGGUACGGCUGGGACAGGCCCACACUGUCCGGCUGGUUCUCAAGAGCUCCAAGAUGCCCAUGCAGGUGGACGGAGAGCCAUGGGCCCAGGGUCCCUGCACCAUCACCAUCACCCACAAGACCCAGGCCCUCAUGCUGUACCACAGCGCCGAGCAGACCGACGAUGACGACGAAUCCAGCGCCUCUGAGACGGAGAGCCCCACCCCUCACGACUCGCCAAGGCCCCUGGGGCCCGCCUCCGCUCGUGCAUGACCCCGCACAAACAUCAUGUUAUGUGAAGGUCCUCUUUCCUUAAGUUUCUACCUUUUUUCUGCAGUCAAAUUUCUCUUAAUCCUUCACCUGCAGUGUAUAUUCCUCUUAAAUUUUUGAACACACUUCCUCAAAUGGCUUUGAUGAAAAUAUGUGUUCCCGUGUAAUCAUUUCAUAUGUUUUAAGAGAGUUUGCAGGGUUUAGAAUGCUUGGUUUGGAAAAAUGGUUAGUUAUGAUUUAUUGACUGCCUUUUAUCUGCACACUCCACAAUAUUUGUUACCUAUAGCUUAGCCACUUCCCUGGCCACAGGUGGGACAGUCAGGGGGAGGUGAAUGUUUUGGAGAAACACUGCUGUUUAUUUGCACUGAUCCUUUGUGCCAUAGACAUCUAUAGUAAACUAUACUGUAUUUAUUAUACUGUAUUCACAAAUGAAUGCCCAGUGUAGCCCUGCAGGUAUCAGUGAGCCAUCCGUAACAAGCUGUCCAGGUUCAAACCCCCACAAAGCCAUGUGUAAAUCCACAGCAGGGGAUAAGCAUUGAAAUAGAACGGUGUUGUCAAUUAUGAAGAGGAGUUUUGUCUUCAUGCAAAGCUUUAUGGCCAUUUAUUUUACUCCAGAAAGAGCACACGUUCACAUUUCAGAAUAUCGGAUUAUUUCAGGAUCACAGUUUUUAUUGUCUCCUGCUUUUGUCACCUGUGUUAAGGCUUUGAAAUAUGUUUGUUAGCCCGAAGGUCUCUGAAUCUCAGUGGAGCAAGGCCUCUGUUACAACUGCAAUGUGUUGUCAAUCACUGUUCAUGGUUGUUGUUUUGUUUACUUCAUGGUGCCCUGUCUCAAGUAGUUCCAAAAUCUACUAGAUUGUACUUAGAUACAGGAGCUACAGGAAACAGCAGACCUUUAUUUUGAAAGUACUGCCAUUUAACUUGUCGGAGGAUUGCUUUUUUCGCCUACUUGUAAAGCCUUUUGUUUUUCCUCUUCUUUACAUAGUUCCUCCUGUUUACAUCGUUUGUGUUGCACUGUUUUGGCACUUACACUGAUAAAUACCUUACACUGCUUAGGUUAUAAAAAAGAUGCUAACCGUUGAUGUUGUUGCCAAUAGUGAUAACUGCUGAUGAGAUUAAGCUGUCCUAUGUUGUUAUUUUCUUUAAGUAAUCCUUCUGCAUCAUUUGUGCAUUACCAAUGUUCACCACAAGGAGGCAGGUUAAAGACAUUUCUGUAGAUAGGUCCAGAAGAGUUGGUCCUUUACUUAAACCUUUACAGUUUAUUAGUAAUACCGUCGGGUACUUGCAUGUACUUCUCCGUGUACUGUUCAGGUGACAUUGCUCUAACUGUCGAGUUUUCCUAGUGGCAUCUUUUGUCUUCUCUACAUAAUGUCUGCAGGAGGUGUUUUGGGUUUCUGCCUAUAAGUAGCCAACUUUUAUGGCAAUGAAUUAGGGCUGCAACUAUCAACUAUUAUAGACAAAUUGCCCAUGAUUUAGAAAAUUCACUGUUUAGUAGAUAAAAUGCCUGAGAAUUGUUAAAUAGGUCCAUCCAAGUUUCUGAAUUCCAAAGUCAUUUUAACAAAAAACCCAUAAAUAUUAACUUGAAUAUGAUAUAAUACAGAGAAGUUGCGUACAUCUCAAUCCUCAAAAGGCUGAAAACAGCAUCUUUCGCAUUGACAUUUUAUUCAACAUGAAUCAAUGGCAAAUUAAUUGCUAAUUGAUUUUUUAUUUCCAUCAAAUGGAAAUAUAAUAAGUUGACUAUUUACAUUGAAUUGAUGCAGCUCUAAAAUGAAUUUCAUCCUUUGAGGUAGUGCUGUUUGGUGUAUAAUGCGUGUCUGUUGCUUACAGCCAUACCAGGAAAGCCUGAAUGAUGUUAGUUUUACUUUCUUAUGAACCUGAAGCUAACUUGCUGCACAUGAUGCUGAACAGGGGUCCGUUGUUGGCCGGGUGAUGCCUCUGCUUUUGCAAUAUGCACCUCCUUGGCAGGUAACCAAGCCUCAUGGUCUCAUGAUCACCCUGUAUUUGUUUGGUGAAUGUCUGAUUGCUCAAGGACACCUUUAUAACCUUUUACCUUCUCAUCCAUGUUUACCAGAAUUGUGUGUGUUGUGUUGCACUGACUUAGUGUAAAUGUAACUGGGGUUUAUUUGCAGGUUUUUAGCCACGCUAGCAGCAUGGUUCUGAUUGGAAACCUGUUUAGGGUUAAAUACCUAAAUAAUUGUUGGAUGCACAUUGGAUACAGAUAUUGCUGCUUCUCUGAGAAUUAAUCCUAAUGAUUGUGUUGUAUUUAGUUAAAGCCACCAACAUGUCAAAAAUGUGUUCUUUAUGUAAUUUCUCUUAUUUAAGAUGUAGUUGGAGAUUAAUGUUAAAUAGCAUGCUAACAUGCUACAUAAUAGUCUUAUACAACUUUACUGUAUGCAUGAGAGCACAUACCGACAUGCUAACUUUCCACCUUAAUCAGAGGUAGACCUUAACACCUUUGUGUUUUAGCUCAACAUGCACUAAUACAUAUUUUUAUCUUAUCCAAGUGAAAUUGGUCACUGGUAGUGUCAGACCCAGAGAGAACUAUCGCCAACUCCCCUAAGGGUAACACAGCCCUUUAGCAUCUUUCAGUUCAUAGUUUUGCUUUUAUGGCAUCACUAUUUUGGCUGAAUCUCAUCAUUCUUGUUUACAGCAGCAGAAGGAAGCUGUUUUCAGCACAAAAAGCUCUGAUAACUCCCACUGUAUUUUCGCUGCCCAGCACGAAUGGCACACAGGCAAAGCAGCACCUGGCUAGUGGCUACCUCUUUAGCUUAGUGGUAAAAGAGAUGCUACAGGCCCAAACUGGGUUACAAAAAGAGAGAAAAUUGGAGUUAUGAGUUUUGAGGUUGCCAAAAAGAUGACUUUAAAUGAAUGUUGCUCAAUGUCUGCUGGAUGUGUAAGUAGGCUUUAGUUUGAUCAUUUUAUUUUGCACUAAUACUUGAUAAAGCCAUGAUGUGUCAAACGUUUUAGUUAAUGUGGCCAAAGCCAAAACCUGAUUUUAAAGCUUUGGUCCAAUGAAAGUGGAGGGUAACUGUUUUGAAUUUUUUUGUGAUACCACAAUGACAUUUGUGUGGGAAGGAUUAACAAUUGCAAGCUGUUUUCAAACCAUCAACAUGCGUUUCCAGGCGUAUCAUGACUAUUACACCUUACAAUCUGGCUGGCGUGGCUAAAGACCUAUACUUGUUUUCUUGUUAUGUGUUGAGGGACAUGACUGAUGUUUUUGUAUGUUUUCAAACCUGUCAGUGUAUUAUUUUUCAAAUCUUGGCUGAUAUAGCAGUAUUUAUAUAGAAUCCAUUCAUCAAAGAAAGAUUCACUGUGUUCUGUGUACCGAAUUGCUUUCGUUAAUAAUGAAUAUAUAUUUGAAUACUUUUUUCUGCGGUUAAAAAAUAAGAGAACCCUAAUGGCUGAUAGGAAUGUCCAGAAAACCAUUCAUUUCACUUUGACUAAGAUAUGUUCUUAGGAGCAAGCCUUACGUGGCCUCUGCUGAACAGGACUGAAACACAAGUGUUCUUGGGAGAGAACAAGCUUUUAUUGGUAACAAUCAUGUAAUCAUAGCUGUUUACAAAAAUGGUAGGAUUUGGUGAAAUGGAUUUUGACUGAAAUGAAUGUAAUGAUCUUUUGAUUUUAAACACAUUCCCAUAAAUAUUUUCAUAUAUAA